AGGGUAGGGAAAUCCGAGCUCAGGGUGUGGCGAGCAAGCACAGCCUCGGGAGUUUCCCUCGGUGGUCUUUCUCUCCGCUCGUAGUAAGAACCGGCGAGCUGCUUUUCUGUGCUUGGGCGUCACUCUCCGCUUCGUUAGCUCGCUUCUUGCCUAAUCGACCUCCCUGCAGCCAUGGCGAAGUACACAAGAGGCACUGUAAAGGAUUUCCCAGGCUUUAAUGCUAGAGAAGAUGCGGAGACCCUUCGUAAAGCCAUGAAAGGCUUGGGGACUGAUGAACAGCCCAUCCUGAACGUCCUAACAACCAGAAGCAAUGCCCAGCGUCAGGAAAUUGCAGUUGCUUUUAAAACUCUCUAUGGCAGGGAUCUGGUUGAUGACCUGAAAUCAGAACUGACAGGCAAACUUGAGACUCUGAUGGUCAGUUUGAUGAGACCAGCACGGCUUUAUGAUGCUCACGCACUGAAGCAUGCUGUUAAGGGAGCAGGAACCAAUGAAAAAGUCCUUAAUGAAAUUCUUGCAUCCAGAACACCUGAAGAAAUCAAGAUGAUAAAUCAAGUUUAUCAGGAAGAAUAUGAAGCCAGCUUAGAAGAUCACAUAACAUCAGACACAUCUGGUUUUUACCAAAGGAUGUUGGUAGUUCUUCUUCAGGCUGGUAGAGAUCCUGAUGGCCCAAUUAAUGAGAGCUUAGUUGAGCAGGAUGCUCAGGAGCUGUUUAGGGCUGGCGAGCUGAAAUGGGGAACUGAUGAAGAAAAGUUCAUCACCAUCCUGGGAACGCGAAGUAUUUCUCAUUUAAGGAAGGUCUUUGAUAAAUACAUGACCAUUGCUGGCUUUCAAAUUGAAGAAACUAUUGACCGUGAAACUGAUGGGGAGCUAGAGAAGCUGCUUCUGGCAGUCGUGAAGUGUGUCCGAAGUGUUCCUGCGUAUUUUGCUGAAUCGCUGUUUUAUGCAAUGAAAGGAGCAGGUACUGACGAUGAUACCGUGAUCAGAAUCAUAGUUACAAGAAGUGAGAUUGAUCUGCUGGACAUCAGGAAGGCUUUCAGAAGAGAUUUUGCAAAAUCUUUGUACCAUGCAAUUCAGAAAGACACAUCUGGGGACUACAGGAAUGGCCUUUUACUGCUCUGUGGUGGCGAAGACGACUAAGGCCUACAGAAGGACAGCAUGUUAGCACCAGCCUUUUGGCUCUUUCCCUUUUGUACAGCUAAGCUAUAUAUUUGCAUUUUCAGCUGUAGCCGCCUUUGCAUUCCAAUUGCCAUCCUUAUUGUUAAAUUCAAUGUUUGUGGUGUUAGUAAAGUGAUUCACCACCUCAUGCUAAAAUCAGUACUGGAUGCUGCCCCCCCCCAGGACCGCCAUUUUCACCCAGAGUAUUGCCUCCCCCCCAGUUGGUGUCAUUUGCAGAAGUCUAAUUUUUACAUUCUGUUAAGAAGCUAGCCAGCUGGAAGUUCAUAUGAAAAGUGCCUAAUGUACCCUCUAUUUUUUUAUAUAACAUGAAGAAGCCAUAAACAUGUUUUUUUCUGUUAGCAGAAGUAAAACACAACCCAUUAACCAAAACCAAACAUUUAGUAACUUGAGCUGUAGUUUCCCUCUUUAUUUAUAGACAGUUUACUAGAAGAAAGCUUCUGCUGAUGGCCUUACAGUUGUGAACGAUGCAUGACCUGUCUCAAUGUUAUUUUUUUUGGGGUGCUAUUAAAAGAACUAACUAAACCAGUAACUGAGUUGUCAUUUAAAAUGUAAAGGACCAAUCAAGUGCAAAGAAAUAAUGAGCAUUAUAAUGAUCUGUAAUUUAUUAUGCAGUUCUUCAAUAUGUUUCAUAUCCAACCGAUAGAAAUCUUAUUAAUCACCCUGUAAUAAUUUUAUUGAACAUAUAACUUCUGUAUUGCACUCAAAGGGUAGAAAUUGAAUUUAAUUAAAAAGAACCCCAGAGUUGUUUAGGACGUGUACUUUCACAGAAUUGUAUCUAAUAUCCAGUUUGAGUUAUAAAGUCCACCAUAGGGUUGCUUUAUUAGUCGCUAGAAAUCAGACUGCUUGCAAUAUGAUACUUUUCUGGCAUGGAAUGUGCUUUAGGGUUGCCAAGUCCAUCUUCCACCCCCAGUGGGGGACUUUGGGGGCGUUCCUGG